CCUUAAGAAAAGAAAGAACUACUGGAACGAGCGUCGAUUUAUCAGACGACAAAAAGACGUUGAUCGAACGGAAAUAUUCAAUACGCAUAAAAAAUGCAUCGGAGUUUGUUGGGUUUUACAUUGCUGUCCUCUGCAAUAGGAUCCAGUGCUUUUGUUACGCUGAAUGUAGCUCCGAGAUGUACCACAAAUCUUUUUGAGGGCGGCAAUGGUGGUGACGAGGAAAACGCAUCGUUCGACGUCGAAAAUGCCCGUCGGCGACUCGAAAACAUGCUUUCCGACCCGGAAAAAAUCGCCAGCGGCAAUAACAGCAGCAACGAUGGAGUUAGCGAUUUGGCAGCUGCGGCCACUCCUUUCUCUUUUUCAAAAUUUCUUGCGGACAACGACGAGCCGUUCUCGCUUUCUGCUUUACCUCCACCUCCCCCGCUAUCCACCAUCGAACGCAGCCGCCGUUUGGUUGAAAUAAAACUGAUAGAAUGCCUCAACGAUGGGGACGAUGUGAUUUCGGAGCUCUGGGACCACUGGUACUCCGAACGAGGUAGCGCUGCGAAACAGAAACUCCAGCAGAGUUCUGGUAUGUUUAUGGACGAGUCGAAGUGGGAAGAAUGCGAACAAAACCUAAUCGAGCUCGUCGACGAGCACGGGAUAUACUUUUCGGAACCCGUAAACCUUCUCGCGACCCUAUACUUCAUACAAAAAAGGUUUGAUCUGUCCUACAAGCUGUGCCAAGUUGUGCUGGCGAUCAAACCCCACCAUAUAGGGGCCCUGAGUGGGAUCGUCGAGGUAGCCCUGGGCAGCGGAGACAUGGGUGCAGCGCGAUACUGGGCCGCCAAGCGGUUGCCGAAGCACGUCCCGGCCUCGGUGUCUGGCAGCGAUGGUGCGGCUUCGGUCUACGACGAGAACGAAGAUAAAAAAUCCGUCGACACCCCACGGCGUGUCGAAUGGGUCCAAAAGGCCGUCGCUAGGGCACAAGACACGCUGGACCAAGCGGAGCGAAGGACGAAACAAAAAUUCUUUGGAGAGGCGGACAUCCACUUUGAUGACUCGGGCGGCGGCGAUACUCUUUUAGACGGCGAUGACGACGGAGAUGCCUGGCAAUGAUUCCAUGACUUCCCUUGGAGCAAUAUUCGACUUAUUCUCGAUCAUUACAGCGUUCAUCUUGCACAGAGCGACUGAUCCUUCGCUAGUAUGCACUCCCUUGUUUUGCAUCGAAUAUCAUCUCCUUUUGCACUUGCACCGGGCCUGAAAGCACAAUGCAGGCCAAAUAUUGAUAGUAAAAUCACACGGCGAGAAUAAACCCAGAUAGAACCA